CCUCACAGCGGGAGGCUGCCUUUUUGUUUGUUUGUUUAAAAAAUUACCUUCUUUCCCCCUGCGAGGAAUCGAUAAACGUGAUGAAAACUCCAAACUAAAUUAUCGAAAUGGCCACAGAAAUCGACUUACUGAGAGACCAAAAUGUUAAACUAAAUGAUAUUCUUAGGCAGCAUCAAAUCGAACAUAUUUUCAGAGACCCAGCUAUGCAGAACAGCAUGUCCAAAGGAGGCAGAGGUGACACACUAACAAACUCUGUAAAUGACCAAAGUGCUUUACCUCCUCUCAUUGCUGAGUAUGAGAAACAUCUCGAAGAGCUAAACAGGCAGCUGACCUAUUACCAGAAACACAUGGGUGAGAUGAAACUACAACUUGAAACCGUCAUCACAGAAAAUGAAAGGUUACACAGUAAAUUAAAAGAUGCUGUUGAAAAGCAAUUGGAAGCCCUUCCCUUUGGCACAGGGAUAGGAAAUGACAUCUGUGCAGAUGAUGAGACCGUGAGGAAUCUUCAAGAACAAUUGCAAAUAGCCAAUCAAGAGAAAAAUUGGGCUGUUCAACUCUGGCAGACUGCGUCUCAGGAGUUAGAAAGUGUUCAGAAACUCUACCAGGAACAUAUGACUGAAGCCCAGAUUCAUGUAUUUGAAAACCGGAAACAAAAAGAUCAGCUGAACAAUUUUCAACAACUAACCAAGAAACUCCAUGUUGCUAAUGAGAACAUUGAAAUGACUAACCACCACUUCCUGAAAACAGUAACUGAACAAAACAUGGAGAUUGAGAAACUUCGAAAACAACUUAGGUCAAGAGGUUCAGUCCAGGAUCAUCAAGGCAGAAACAUGGAAGCAUCCAGGCAAGCCAAGUUAGAUCUGAGAGUUGCAGUAACGAAAGUGGAAGAGUUAACUAAAGUGACUGAAGGUCUUCAAGAGCAGAUGCUGAAGAAGGAGGAAGAUAUUAUGUCUGCACAAGGAAAAGAGGAAGCAUCAGAUAGACGUGUGCAGCAGUUACAGUCUAGUAUAAAACAGUUAGAGUCAAGAUUGUGUAUAGCAAUUCAAGAAGCCAAUGUACUAAAAACAGGGAAAACACAAUUGGAAAAGCAGAUCAAAGAGCUACAAGCAAAGUGCAGUGAAUCAGAAAAUGAGAAAUAUGAGGCUAUUUCAAGAGCCAGAGAUAGCAUGCAGCUGUUAGAAGAAGCUAACAUUAAACAGAAUCAGAUUCUACUUGAAGAGAAGCAAAAAGAGGUUGAGAGAGAAAAAAUGAAGAAAACAAUUUCUCAUCUUAUACAAGAUGCCGCCAUCAAAGCAAGGAAAGAAGUUGAAAGCACAAAAAAACAGUAUGAAGUACUAAUUUUGCAGUUAAAGGAAGAACUCUCAGCCCUUCAGAUGGACUGUGAUGAAAAGCAAGGUCAAAUUGAUCGAGCCAUUAGAGGGAAAAGAGCUGUGGAAGAAGAACUCGAGAAGAUUUAUCGUGAAGGCAAACAGGAUGAAGGUGAUUACAGAAAAUUGGAAGAAAUGCACCAAAGAUGUCUUGCUGCAGAGCGUUCAAAAGAUGAUCUUCAGCUAAGACUCAAGACUGCAGAAAAUAGAAUAAAACAACUUGAAAUUAAUUCCUCAGAAGAGAUAUCACGUUCCCAUGAAAUGAUCCAGAAACUUCAAACUGUAUUGGAGUCUGAGAGGGAGAACUGUGGCUUUGUCAGCGAGCAAAGGCUGAAGCUUCAGCAAGAAAAUGAGCAACUACAGAAGGAGACUGAGGAUUUGAGAAAAGUUGCUCUGGAGGCCCAAAAAAAAGCAAAAUUAAAGGUCAGUACAAUGGAGCAUCAGUUCUCAAUAAAGGAGCAUGGGUUUGAAGUUCAGCUGAGAGAGAUGGAGGACAGUAAUCGGAACUCCAUUGUUGAACUGAGGCAUCUUUUGGCAGCUCAACAAAAGACGGCCAAUAGGUGGAAAGAAGAAACCAAGAAACUGACGGAAAGUGCAGAAAUGAGGAUCAGCAGUCUAAAGAGUGAGCUGAGCCGACAGAAGCUUCAUACCCAGGAGCUACUUUCUCAGCUGGAAAUGGCAAAUGAGAAGGUAGCUGAGAAUGAAAAGUUAAUUCUGGAACAUCAAGAAAAAGCCAACAGACUUCAAAGGCGUCUAAGUCAGGCAGAAGAGAGAGCUGCUUCAGCGUCCCAGCAGCUCAGUGUGAUUACAGUGCAGAGAAGAAAAGCAGCUUCCAUGAUGAAUCUGGAAAAUAUUUAAACAUAUUCAUAGUUCACUGACAGAGCUGUAGAGUUGGGAAAGCUGUUGUACCAACCAAAGCAUCUUGAUAUGGAGAAACUGCCGAGAGAGAAUGGUGAAAGCUUGUGUCGUUUGCAUAAGCAUUUUCCAUUCUGUUUGCAGGGUUAUUGGAAAACAGAACAGUGACAGCUUCCUGUAAGUAAAAACUAUAAUCCUAUAUUUGAGAUUCAGUGGAGAAUAAAGCCAGCUGAGAAGAACUCACUGCCUUCAUCAAUGUGUCUAUUUUUAAUUCCCUUUUUUCCCUCCUUGGAAGAACAUAAUAUUUUCAAGAGCUUUAAUAAAAUCUGUAGAAUUUGAUAUUUCAGGUUCUAAGA